GUUGCAAAGUAUUAUUCCAUCACUAAAAGUCGAUAAUUUGACUUUGAACCGAUAAAGCAAAGCGAAAACUAAAUGAAAAUAUCAAUGAUUGUCACAGUUUUGGAUAUUUGGCACUUUUAAAAUAACAUUUAUGGCGGAAAAAUUACCGGCUACACAACAGUCUAAACCUUUCCCAGGAUCACUUACUCCGGGUUGGAAUGAUCCACCCUUUUUGAAUAACGUAACUCAACCACCUGGAUGUACUCGAUUGAAUCUCAAUAAGAGAGUAGCAUUUCCAGUGAAUACCACAUCUAGUUCCAUAUUAGUGGAUAAAACUAUAGUGUCGACAAGUUUGGGGCAAGGAAAAACAUCCGAGGUAGGCUUCUAUCCACAUCCUCCAACAGGAACACCAACGGUAAAAAUGCAAAGAUUUAAUGAAACAAAUACUGAAAAACUUCCAGAUGAUACGGAUAGCGUUAAUAAACAUCAUGACAAGAAUUACCAAUAAAAAAUAUCCACCUUUUACUGUAGAAACGCAUAAUAUCA